CAAGGUGUACUACUCUACACAGAUGAAGGUGUACCACUCUUCACAGAUGAAGGUGUACCACUCUUCACAGAUGAAGGUGUCCCACUCUACACAGAUGAAGUUGUACCACUCUUCACAGAUGAAGGUGUACCACUCUUCACAGAUGAAGGUGUACCACUCUUCACAGAUGAAGGUGUCCCACUCUACACAGAUGAAGGUGUCCCACUCUACACAGAUGAAGGUGUCCCACUCUACACAGAUGAAGGUGUACCACUCUACACAUACAUACAUACAGUAUGUGCAGGUCCACACACAAACAUUCUGUUAGUGACUGUCAACUUUAGUGGACCGUUCGUGACCAGGCAUUGUCCUUGUUAUUAUAUGAAACCCCCAAUGCCUUGGUGGAGUUCUGAUUGAAACCCCAAAGCCUUGGUGGAGUGCUGAUUGAAACCCCCAAAGCCUUGGUGGAGUGCUGAUUGAAACCCCCAAAGCCUUUGGUGGAGUGCUGAUUGAAACCCCAAAGCCUGGUGGAGUGCUGAUUGAAACCCCCAAAGCCUUGGUGGAGUUCUGAUUGAACCCCCAAAGUCUAGGUGGAGUGCUGAUUGAAACCCCAAAGCCUUGGUGGAGUGCUGAUUGAAACCCCAAGCCUGGUGGAGUGCUGAUUGAAACCCCCAAAGCCUUUGGUGGAGUGCUGAUUGAAACCCCCAAAGCCUUGGUGGAGUGCUGAUUGAAACCCCCAAAGCCUGGUGGAGUUCUGAUUGAAACCCCCAAAGCCUUGGUGGAGUUCUGAUUGAAACCCCCAAAGCCUUUGGGGGAGUGCUGAUUGAAACCCCCAAAGCCUUGGUGGAGUGCUGAUUGAAACCCCCAAAGCCUUGGUGGAGUGCUGAUUGAAACCCCAAAGCCUUGGUGGAGUGCUGAUUGAAACCCCCAAAGCCUUGGUGGAGUCCCGUGCUGUGAUUGAAACCCCCAAAGCCUUGGUGGAGUGCUGAUUGAAACCCCCAAAGCCUUGGUGGAGUUCUGAUUGAAACCCCCAAAGCCUUGGUGGAGUUCUGAUUGAAACCCCCAAAGCCUUGGUGGAGUGCUGAUUGAAACCCCCAAAGCCUUGGUGGAGUUCUGAUUGAAACCCCCAACGUCUUGGUGGAGUUCUGAUUGAAACCCCCAAAGCCUUGUUGGAGUGCUGAUUGAAACCCCCAAAGCCUUGGUGGAGUUCUGAUUGAAACCCCCAAAGCCUUGGUGGAGUGCUGAUUGAAACCCCCAAAGCCUUGGUGGAGUGCUGAUUGAAACCCCCAAAGCCUUGGUGGAGUGCUGAUUGAAACCCCCAAAAGCCUUGGUGGAGUUCUGAUUGCUUAUAGAUCUCAGUGAGAGAGGAGGUCAUUUCUGCGCUCGAUGUCUUGAAAUGAAAUCAGCAUGGAACCAGGACGUACUGCACAGAGCUUAGAGAGCUCAUAAUGCCAAUAGUUCAUUAACCAAGCAGCUCCUAUGUUUACAGCAUCAUAACUCUGUCUGUCUGUCUGUCUGUCUGUCUGUCUGUCUUUUUGUCCCCUCCACUGGUGAAUAAGUCUGCUUGUGGAGAGUUCAAGUAGGAUGUGAUGUAGUGAAUUGUGAUGUCGUUCCUCUCCCGUACAGUACAGUAGUGUAGUGGUGAACCCUUUUUGACUGUUUCCCUGUGGACUUAGUGGUUGGCUCCCAAAUGGCACCCUAUUCACUGUGGACUCUGGUCAAAAGUAGUUCACUAUGUAGGGAAUAGGGGUGUCAUUUGGGACUCAAACUAUCUCCGGCAGCCAGUCAGCCAGUGAUGAGUAACUUGUGAUACUUCCAAACUAAAUGCUUCCUUAGUCAUGCACAGCCCAUUCUAAAUCAGUUAAGCCAUGAUGGAACGCCAUGGGUCAAGUAAUCUAGUUAAGGCAUCAACACAGAUGCUUUCAGUUUACAGGGUCGCUCCCCUUAUCACUCCUGUUAUAGAGGAGAGGGGGUCGCUCCCCUUAUCACUCCUGUUAUAGAGGAGAGAGGGUCACCUUUUCCAGACUUGUAGAAGAAGACAUUCCGAUACUAAUUCAACUCUCCCCAGAGCAUAAAGCAUGUAUGCUUUGAAGAAAUGUUUUUAUUUUGCGUUUUGUUUACCAACUAGUCUGUAAACUACCACUGUCUGAGUCAGUUUGGUACAUUAUAAACAGCAUUGUGAUGCCAUUCCCAUUUUUUUUGUCAGUACUUACGUUCUUAUCUACUACAUUAGUAAUAAUAGUAUGUGACUAUUAUGAGUUAUUAGAUCUUUUUUGUAUCUUCUGGGUGCUUAUUAAGUUUAUUAUUAUCUUAUCGACGUUUUUUGGUAUUUGGUACUGACUGAGCUUUUGGUAUCUUGUGAGUCUUUCGAGAGAUUACUAUGGAAUUUUUAUGAUUCUUUUUGCGUAUUAUCUAGUAUAGUAUAUUAGUAUCUUUUGUAAUCUUUCUAUGAGAUUUUUUAUGAGUUCUAUGUGUAUCUUAUCUUAUGAAUAUAUAAUGAGUAUCUUAUCUUAUGAGUAGCUUAUCUUAUGAGUAUCUUGUGAAUAUCUUAUUUAUGAGUAUCUUAUCUUAUGAGUAUUUAUCUUAUGAGUAUCUUAUUGUGAGUACUUCCCUCUUCCACAGUCCUUGUUUUGAUCUGGAUGAGGAUCCUGUCCGUUCUUAUGCCUAGAGGGCUGCAUCUGUCAUUGUUUUAUGGACAUGAGGGUGGCAUCCUGUCCUGUGUAUUAUACUAGGGUCUGGCAUGCGUACUGUUCUUAUGGACAUAGAGGCUGGAUCUGUCCUGUGUCUUAUGACUUAGAGGCUGGAUCCUAUCCUAUGUUCUUUAUGGACUAGAUGGCUGGCAUCUGUCUGUCUUAUGAGUACUAGAGUGCUGAUCUUAUGGUCCUUGUGUUCAUUAUAGACCUUAUCUAGGGCUUGGAUCUUUCUUGGUCUUUAUGGACCUAGAGGGCUGAAUCCUGUCUGGUCUUUAUCAUAGGGCUGACAUCUGUCCUGUGUCUUUAUGGACAUGAGGCUGGCAUCCUGUCCUGUGUCUUUAUGGACAUAGAGGGCUGGCAUCCUGUCCUGUGUCUUUAUAGACAGAGAGGGAUGGCAUCCUGUCCUGUGUCUUUAUAGACAUAAGGGCUGGCAUCCUGUCCUGUGUCUUUAUGGACAUAGAGGGCUGGCAUCCUGUCCUGUGUCUUUAUGGACCUAGAGGGCUGGCAUCCUGUCCUGUGUCUUUAUGGACCUAGAGGGCUGGCAUCCUGUCCUGUGUCAUUAUAGACCUAGAGGGCUGGCAUCCUGUCCUGUGUCUUUAUGGACCUAGAGGGCUGACAUCCUGUCCUGUGUCUUUAUGGACAUAGAGGGCUGGCAUCCUGUCCUGUGUCUUUAUAGACAUAGAGUGCUGGCAUCCUGUCCUGUGUCUAACUAACACUGUGUUGUUGUUUAAAUAUAUUUAGUUAAAGAGGAGAGAUGCUUUGUUUACGAUGUGGACUUUGUUCAUUGGCCGUGGCUAACAAAGAAAACUUUCCAUAAAAACCACAAGAAAACUUUAGUAAAGUUCAGAGAACGUUCUCAGAAUGUUAUUUAAAAACGUAUACAUCCUGUACUCAGCAUCAACAAAACUCUCUCUACCCUCUAUCUUGUUAAGUGUGUUCAGGUGUGUUGGCCGCGCCCACUAAUUGGCACCAACACCUGAUCUUAAUGAGUGCUUGUUUCCUUUGAAAUUAGGUCUGUUUGAAGAGACUAAAAUGAACAGCUUUGAAUGAGUUAAAAACACAUGGCAUUCUAGCUCCAUCCUGGUGGUGCAGUGGACUAAUUCCAUGGAUAGAGAAUUGAAUAUUAUAGGUUCGAACCUCACUGAUGUGUUUGCAUGAGUAAUGCCUAAGGAAAUACAUUUCCAUCUGUGCUUGGAGCUCAACAAAUUUAAACCAAAAUAAGCUAGCAGUAUUAUUAAAAGUCUUAUUGAAACAUUCAAUGAAAGUUUAAGGAAGUUUUUAAAAUAACUCAAAAUAAUCUAUAAUUUCCAUUCUCAGAGCGUUAAUAAAACCACCCAGGAAAACUUCCAAGGAACCAGAGUAAAACGUUCUCAGAACCUCCCUGCAACCUAAAAAUAAACCUUCCCAGAACAGGCAACAUUUUAACUUCUGUUCUCAGAACAUUAAAAAAAUAAUAAUAAUAAUUAAACAAACUUUUACCGGUCAAGAAACGUAUGGCUUCAUUCCCACAACCAAUGUGAAAUCAAAAACAUACAUUACCAAAACUUACAAUGAACCAAACGUGCUAGUUGGAAGUUAGAAGUUGUGGGCGGAGCUAGAAAGUUGGCUGUCAGAUAUUUUACAACGUAAGUUUACAUUUAAUCCGUCUACCUGCAUAUUUCAAGACAUGGCAUGAGGGUGCAGUGAGAUACCCAAUGGGGUGGAUGAUCCUCGUCAAUAAUUUUGAAAAAACUUCUACUUAAAAACUGGAAAUCAAAUGAUCCUCCAUCACUACGACAGUGGAUUAAUCAAAUGUAUUAUUAUUUAAAUAUUGAAAAGUGUGGUACGGAGAAAAAUAGAACAGUGCAUUUUGAGGCCAUAUGGCAUAGAGUGCUACAAGCACUGGAAGGUUCGAGGGGAUGAAGGACGGGGGGUUCGUGAGACACAAGUGAUGUGUAUGGUUGCUGUGGCAACAUGUGGGUCUGAGCAGGUGUGAUGUCAUUGAUGUGUAUGGUUGCUGUGGCAACAUGUGGGUCUGAGCAGGUGUGAUGUCAUUGAUGUGUAUGGUUGCUGUGGCAACAUGUGGGUCUGAGCAGGUGUGAUGUCAUUGAUGUGUAUGGUGCUGUGGUCAACAUGUGGGUCUGAGCAGGUGUGAUGUCAUUGAGUGUAUGGUUGCUGUGGCAACAUGUGGGUCUGAGCAGUGUGUGAUGUCAUUGAUGUGUAUGGUUGCUGUGGCAACAUGUGGGUCUGAGCAGGUGUGAUGUCAUUGAUUGUAUGUUGUGUGGAACAUUGGGUUGAGCAGUGUAUUAUUGAUGUUAUGGUGCUGUGGCAAUGUGGGUUGAGCAGUUGUGCUUCAGUGAAUGGAUAUGUAAUGUGUGACAUUGGUCUGAGCGGUGUGUGCAUAAUGUGAUGGUGCCUUGCAUCAGGGGUCUGACUGUUGUCAUGAUGUAUGGUUGCUGUGCAAUGUGGCUAGCAUUGAGCUGAAUGUGAUGCUUCUAUGUGGACUGUGGGUCAUGAGCAGGUGUCUCAUUGAUGUGAGUUGCUGGGAACAUGAUGCGGUCUGAGCAGUGUAUGCAUGAAUGUGUAAGCUUCUGUGGCACAUGUGGGUCUGAGCAGUGUGAGCUGAUGCUGUAUGGUUGCUGUUGCACAACCUGUGGGUCUGACGGUGUAUGCAUACUGAUGGGCUUGCACAUCUGGCUGUUGCAUUAUACCUUUGUGCCUUUAAUUGUCUUUGCUUAUGUAUGCUUGUUAUUGCUUCCAUAAACUGUAUAUUCUCAUCUGCUGUUGCACUAACCUGAUGCCUUCUCAUCUGCUGUUGCACUAACCUGAUGCCUUCUCAUCUGCUGUUGCACUAACCUGAUGCCUUCUCAUCUGCUGUUGCACUAACCUGAUGCCUUCUCAUCUGCUGUUGCACUAACCUGAUGCCUUCUCAUCUGCUGUUGCACUAACCUGAUGCCUUCUCAUCUGCUGUUGCACUAACCUGAUGCCUUCCUUCCCCUGUCUUAGCCUGCUAGAGGUGUUUCUGGGUGUGUGGGCGAUCAAAUCAAAUCAAGCUUUAUUUAUACAACACAUUUCAGACAUGGAAUGCAACACGUGCCAAUGUGCCCCGUGUGGCUCAGUUGGUAGAGCAAGGCGCUUGCAACGCCAGGGUUGUGGGUUUGAUUUCCACGGGGGGCCAGUAUGAAAAAAGUAUGAAAAUACACUACUCUAUGUCGCUCUGGAUAAGAACAUCUGCUAAAUGUAAAAAAAAAAAAAUACAAAAUGAAAAUAAAAGCUGAAAUAUUUACUAAACAACAAACAUAUGAUAAAUAAUGACACAAACUGAACAACCAAAAAGCACCCUGAGGAAAGUCAAAGCUAAAAAGAUCUCUUUUAAAUAUGUCCACAGUUUCGGCCCCCCCUCAGGUUCUCUGGCAGGCUAUUCCAGAGGCUGGGGGCAUAGUAACUAAAGGCUGCCUCUCCAUGCCUCUUGGUCCUAGGCUUUGGGAUAGUUAAAAGGCCAGUGCCAGAGGACCUGAGGGACCUACUGGGUACAUAACGUAAUGUCUGGCAUUGCAUUUUAGUCAUUUAGCAGACACUCUUAUCCAGAGCGACUUACAGUUAAGUGAGUGCAUACAUUUUCAUACUGGCCCCCCCGUGGGAAACGAACCCACAACCCUGGCGUUGCAAGCGCCAUGCUCUACCAACUGAACUGCAGGAGGACUACGGCAUGUAUUGUGAUGCACAUUCGUGGAUUGAUUUAAAAACCAACAGAAGAAUCUUCAAAUUCAUUCUAAAACUCACAGGCAGGCGGUGCAGAGACCUUAAAACCGGUGUAAUGUGUGCUCUCCGCCUGGUCUUGGUCAGUACCCGUGCUGCAGCAUUCUCUAUGUUUUGCAGUUGACCAAUGGCUUUCUUGGGUAGAUCAGACAGGAGAGCAUUACAGUAGUCAAGCCUGCUUGUAAUAAAAGCAUGGAUGAGUCUCUCUGUAUCAGCCCGAGAGAGAAACGGACGCACCUUGGCAAUGUUCCUCAGGUGGUAAAAAGCUGUUUUGGUCACAUUCCUCCUAAUGUUUGAUUGGAAAUUGAGUUCAGAAUCUAAAAUAACACCUGGGGUUUUUUACCUGGUGUUUUAUCUUUAUUGCCCGUGGAAUUAUAAUGCGAGGUUAGAUUCUCUCUCUGUGCUUUGGCUCCAACAAUAAGUACCUCAGUCUUGUCUUGAUUUAGCUAGGCUAUAACGUGUGUGUGUGUGUGUGUGUGUGUGUGUGUGUGUGUGUGUGUGUGUAUGUGUGUGUGUGUGUGUGUGUGUGCGCGCGCCCAUCCCCUAGAACAUAGCUAAUGUGUUUGGUGUGAUUCUGUUCACCCACACUUAAAUGAUCUUACAGUCCUAGAUUUACCCAGAAGGCCUCCUACACCUCAAAGCAGAGCCUCAGGACAAGUGAAAGACCUGUUGUGUCCUCACUUCUCCAAAAUACACAUGAGUCAUGUUGACAGACCUCUAAAACAUUUAAAACCUAAAACAUGUGAUAGCUUCUCCUGCUGUAUGACUUUUAUCUUCCUCGGAUCUUGAUAAGCAAGCAUCUCAUGACCAGAUGUAUCCGGAAGAAAAAAAGCUGAAGAGAUAUAUAAGAACAAGAGACGACUGUCUGUGAGAAAUGUCUGUCCGUGCUUUAAAGCAUCUUCUCAGAGCUUGUUGUAUCAGGAAAUGCAAAUAAAUGUUACACUAGACAUUCCCAUUCAAAGGGAAGAUUUCCAUUCUAUUUUUUUGUAAGUCUACGGUUGAGAGAAACCAGAGUGUGGAAUUCCAUGGUUCUGAGGUUCUCUUGAACUUCACUGGAGGGAUGUUGCUUUUCAAAAGGUCAGAGAGUUUGUCAGUGUUUAUCAGUUGCUUUUCAGAAUUGGCGUAAAUCCAUAUUGACGUCAUUGAAGAUAAAGCUGGUGAAACAUCUGUCUGUCUGUCUAUUUGUCCGUCCGUCUGCCUCUCAAACGAUCUGUCAAGAUGUCAAUCUUGUAUGACCAUCUACGAGAGAGAACAGAGUAAUUAAACCACAAGAUAAGCCAGUCCAUAAAAAACAUAUCUCUGCCAGUUAUCACUGAUGGACAAAGCCGAUCGUCAGUAGGAUGAAAUGUUCAGAACUCUGAAGACAGAAAUGCACAACAUAGAAAGGACACCGCUCCCCACUUCAUGACAUAGAAAGGACACUGCUCCCCACUUCAUGACAUAGAAAGGACACCGAUCCCCACUUCACGACAUAGAAAGGACACCGCUCCCCACUUCACGACAUAGAAAGGACACUGCUCCCCACUUCAUGACAUAGAAAGGACACCGAUCCCCACUUCACGACAUAGAAAGGACACUGCUCCCCACUUCAUGACAUAGAAAGGACACUGCUCCCCACUUCACGACAUAGAAAGGACACCGAUCCCCACUUCAUGACAUAGAAAGGACACUGCUCCCCACUUCAUGACACAGAAAGGACACUGCUCCCCACUUCAUGACAUAGAAAGGACACCGCUCCCCCACUUCACGACAUAGAAAGGACACUGCUCCCCACUUCACGACAUAGAAAGGACACUGCUCCCCACUUCAUGACAUAGAAAGGACACUGCUCCCCACUUCACGACAUAGAAAGGACACUGCUCCCCACUUCACGACAUAGAAAGGACACUGCUCCCCACUUCACGACAUAGAAAGGACACUGCUCCCCACUUCACGACAUAGAAGGACACCGCUCCCCACUUCAUGACAUAGAAAGGACACUGCUCCCCACUUCAUGACAUAGAAAGGACACUGCUCCCCACUUCACGACAUAGAAAGGACACUGCUCCCCACUUCACGACAUAGAAAGGACACUGCUCCCCACUUCACGACAUAGAAAGGACACCGCUCCCCACUUCAUGACAUAGAAAGGACACUGCUCCCCACUUCAUGACAUAGAAAGGACACCGAUCCCCACUUCACGACAUAGAAAGGACACCGCUCCCCACUUCAUGACAUAGAAAGGACACUGCUCCCCACUUCAUGACAUAGAAAGGACACUGCUCCCCACUUCAUGACAUAGAAAGGACACUGCUCCCCACUUCACGACAUAGAAAGGACACCGAUCCCCACUUCAUGUGAUGAGAAAAUACAUAUAAUCUAGGAGGAAUUGUUGAAGUUUAAAAAAACGUCAUUUUGUCUCAAGCGUUUAUCCCUCACUUCAACCACACAUUAAUAUCUUAAUCAAAGGAUAAAGCUGUUAAAAUAAAGAUAUGACUGGAUAGAUAAAUGUAAUGCGCAGUUGUCUAAGGCACUGCAUCGCAGUGCUAGCUGUGCCACUAGAGAUCCUGGUUCGAAUCCAGGCUCUGUCGUAGCCGGCCGCGACCGGGAGACCCGUUGGGCGGCGCACAAUUGGCCCAGCGUCGUCCAGGGUAGGGGAGGGGAAUGGCCGGCAGGGAUGUAGCUCAGUUGGUAGAGUAUGGCGUUUGCAACGCCAGGGUUGUGGGUUUGAUUCCCACGGGGGGGGGGGCAGUAUGAAGAAAAAUUAUAUAUAUAAUAAUAAAAAUAAUAAUGUAUGCACUCACUAACUGUAAGUCGCUCUGGAUAAGAGUGUCUGCUAAAUGACUAAAAUGUAAUAAAUAAAUAGGAUAGAUAAAUAAAUGGCUAUUUAAAUAAAGUAAGAAUACAAGGAUGAAAGGAUGAAAGGAUGAAAGGAGGUUGAGUUGGAAUGAAUGGUUUAUAAAGGAAUGAAUGUUUGGUUUAAGGUGUGUGGGGGGGGGUUAAUUAUUGUUAUUGCAGUUCUAAUUUCAGAUCUGAAUAUCAGAGAAGUAGACCAAGGGGCCAUACCCUUUAAGAUGUUGUCUACGACGCGUUGUUUGAUUAAAGUGGUCAAGGUAGCUGAUUAGUGUCAAAAGUCACAGUGUUUACUCAUUGUCUCAUGCUUAGAAUGUGCUCCCCCAUUGCUAUCACUUGAAAGUUCUGAAAAGUUUCAUGGCAGUUAAUUCAACAGCGGGAAAUUAGAGUUGCUAAAUUAGUUGAUGUGGUUACUAAAACAGCUGUACCUCUUGAUUGGUAGAACUUACGUUCUUAUUUCAGAUUUGAAUAGCAGAGAAGUAGACCAAGGUGUCAUACACUCUAAGUUGUUGUCUAACUUGUUGGGAAAGGGGUCAAAAUAGCAGUUGUUUGGAAAAAGUUUGAAAAAAUGUGUUAAUGCAGUUACUAAAACGGCUGUAUCGUUAGAUCAGUAGCGGAUAUUUUUGCUCAGUGGACAGAUUUAAAUAGCAGAGAAGUAGACAAAGAUGUCAUACCCUCUAACUUUUUGUCUAACUUGUUCGGUCAAAAUGUCAGUUGUAUGUUAAAAAAGUUACAGAAAAGGUUGUUGAUGCGGUCACUUAAACAGCUGUAACGUUUGAUCGGUACCAGAUAAUUAUGUUAUUAUUUCAGAUUUGAAUAGCAGAAAAGUAAAGUAUGAUGUCCUACACUCUAAUGUUUUGUGUAAACGUUUGGUAAAGUGGUGAAAGUAGCUGAUUUGUGUCAAAAGUUGCAUUGUUGCAUUUUCAGUGAAUGGAAGAUGGAAGUGAUGAUGUCACAAUGGGGAACUUUAAAAUGUUGGAAAAAAAGUCCCAUUAAAGUCAAUGAAGAUGGACAAAAAGAAAGUCAACAAAAUGUAUUGUUUAAAAAAAGUAUUAAUAAUAUCAAAAAGUUGUAUGCAAGCACACUAUCCCAGACCAGUCUGCACAUUUUAAAGUUUGAAUGGUGUUUCUAGCUUAAACGGUUUAAGAGGAGUAGCUUUUGAUACUUUCUGAUACAAAACACAAUGGUGAGUUCUAUAACCAUCACCAGUAAUAAACCUAAGGGCACAAUGGUGAGUUCUAUAACCAUCACCAGUAAUAAACCUACUGUGGCGCAGUGGUCUAAGGGCUAGCUGUGCCACUAGAGAUCCUGGUUCGAAUCCAGGCUCUGUCGUAGCCGACCGGGAGACCAAUGGGGCGGCGCACAAUUGGCCCAGCGUCGUCCAGGAUAGGGGAGGGAAUGGCCGGCAGGGGAUGUAGCUCAGUUGGUAGAGCAUGGCGUUUGCAACGCCAGGGUUGUGCUAAAUGACGUAAAUGUAAGGGCACAAUGGUGAGUUCUAUAACCAGUAAUAAACCUACUCUAAGGGCACAUUGGGAAACAGCAUCUAGUGGUUUAAGUGUAGAUGCUGCUGCAUGCAUAAAGGACAAUAACCUUCCUAUUAACUAAAUUAAAUAAAAAGAAACCAACCUUGAACCUCAACUUCUUCACCAGCUCAGUGACAUGUUUUUUAAAUGACAGUUUGUCAUCAAGCCAGAUAUCAAUAUAUUUGUAGGAAGGAACUCGCUCAAUUUGUGUACCGUUCAAACUAGUCAUUACAAAUUCAUUUAAAUCUGGGUUAUGGGACCUAGAAAAAAAAAGCAUGCAUUUUGUUUUGUUUGCAUUUAGCACUAACUUCAGAUCCAAUAGUGACCUCUGCAGUGGUUGAAAAUCAGACUUCAAAUGUGAAAAGGUUUGGCCCACCGACGGAGCAAUGGAAUACAACACUGCAUUAUCUGCAUACAAAUGAAUAUUACAUUUUUUUUUACAGCAUUACCAAUGUUAUUUACAGUAUAUAGAUUGUAAACAGUAGUGGGCUGAGUAUCGAACCUUGGGGCACCCCUUUAUGUAACUCAAGGAACUCAGAUUUGACCCCAUCUACCUUUAUGGCCUGAGUUCUGUCAUUAUGAACCCAUCGGCAAGCAUCAGUAGCCAACCCUAUCGAGGACAGCUUAUUCAACAGAAUAACAUGGUCUACAGUAUCAAAAGCUUUGACAAGUCUUCAAACAUGGAAGCACAAUUCUUUCUAUUUGUAAUAUAAUUUACAACAAGCAUGGUAGUCGUAGUGGUGCUAUGUUUAGGUCUGAAUCCGGAUUGAGUAACAUUAAGAAUACCAUUUACAGAUAGACAAUAACGUACAGUAGCUGUUUGUUGACCAAUGAUUCUAGUAUUUUCGCAAGACAAGGGAGCCUGGAAAUGGGACGACAAUGAUCAUGAUCACUACUAGAGGGGAGAAAAACAGAAUCUACAGACAUCAUGGCCCUUGAAGGUAGAGAACAGAGUCUACAGUGUUUGUGUGUGUGUGGGUGUGUGUGUGUUGUGUGUGUGUGUGUGUGUGUGUGUGUGUGUGUGUGUGUGUGUGUGUGUGUGCAUCUACUCUUGUCUACAUCUACUCUUGUAAUGUGUGUUUGAGUGCAUACUUGGAGGAGGCAUGGUUUGGAGGCAUGCAGGCCCCCCCCCCCUCUCCCUAUAUCCCCCUCUCUCCCUCCUCUCCCCCCCUAUAACUAACCUCCCCCUCCCUCCCCUUCCCCUCUCUCCCUCCUCUCCCCCCCCUAUAUCCCUCCCCUUCUCCCUCCUCUCCCCCCUAUACACCCCCCCUUCCCUUUCCCUCUCUCCUCCUCUCCCCCCCCUAUACAUCCUGACCUCUCUGCGUCACACAUACACACCAUCUCUGACCUCUCUGCGUCACACAUACACACCAUCUCUGACCUCUCUGCUGUCACACAUACUCACCAUCUCUGACCUCUCUGCUGUCACACAUACACACCAUCUCUGACCUCUCUGCUGUCACACAUACACACCAUCUCUGACCUCUCUGCUGUCACACAUACACACCAUCUCUGACCUCUCUGCUGUCACACAUACACACCAUCUCUGACCUCUCUGCUGUCACACAUACACACCAUCUCUGACCUCUCUGCUGUCACACAUACACACCAUCUCUGACCUCUCUGCUGUCACACAUACACACCAUCUCUGACCUCUCUGCUGUCACACAUACACACCAUCUCUGACCUCUCUGCUGUCACACAUACACACCAUCUCUGACCUCUCUGCUGUCACACAUACACACCAUCUCUGACCUCUCUGCUGUCACACAUACACACCAUCUCUGACCUCUCUGCUGUCACACAUACACACCAUCUCUGACCUCUCUGCUGUCACACAUUCACACCAUCUCUGAUCUCUCUGCUGUCACACAUACACACCAUCUCUGACCUCUCUGCUGUCACACAUACACACCAUCUCUGACCUCUCUGCUGUCACACAUACACACCAUCUCUGACCUCUCUGCUGUCACACAUACACACCAUCUCUGACCUCUCUGCUGUCACACAUACACACCAUCUCUGACCUCUCUGCUGUCACACAUACUCACCAUCUCUGACCUCUCUGCUGUCACACAUACACACCAUCUCUGACCUCUCUGCUGUCACACAUACACACCAUCUCUGACCUCUCUGCUGUCACACAUACACACCAUCUCUGACCUCUCUGCUGUCACACAUACACACCAUCUCUGACCUCUCUGCUGUCACACAUACACACCAUCUCUGACCUCUCUGCUGUCACACAUACACACCAUCUCUGAUCUCUCUGCUGUCACACAUACACACCAUCUCUGACCUCUCUGCUGUCACACAUACACACCAUCUCUGACCUCUCUGCUGUCACGCUACGCUGACUUCGCUGCUGGUGGUCUGGGACAGUUAGAGGCACCUGUCAGGGUACACCGGCUGGGUCCCUGCCCCAUGCCAACCUUAGGGGUAAGGGUUGGGUUGGGCUGGUAGUGGCACGGUUCAGCUGGAUGGUAUCACAUACAGAACAUGUUGUCUGUUCGGAACAGGCUCCUCUCUAGGACAAAGAGGGAGACAUGUUGGAGGACUAGUCCUCUCUAGGACAAAGAGGGAGACAUGUUGGAGGACUAGUCCUCUCUAGGACAAAGAGGGAGACAUGUUGGAGGACUAGUCCUCUCUAGGACACAGAGAAAAAGAUGUUGGAGGACUAGUCCUCUCUAAGACAAAGAGGGAGACAUGUUGGAGGACUAGUCCUCUCUAGGACAAAGAGGGAGACAUGUUGGAGGACUAGUCCUCUCUAGGACAAAGAGGGAGACAUGUUGGAGGACUAGUCCUCUCUAGGACAAAGAGGGAGACAUGUUGGAGGACUAGUCCUCUCUAGGACAAAGAGGGAGACAUGUUGGAGGACUAGUCCUCUCUAGGACAAAGAGGGAGACAUGUUGGAGGACUAGUCCUCUCUAGGACAAAGAGGGAGACAUGUUGGAGGACUAGUCCUCUCUAGGACAAAGAGGGAGACAUGUUGGAGGACUAGUCCUCUCUAGGACAAAGAGGGAGACAUGUUGGAGGACUAGUCCUCUCUAGGACAAGAGGGGAGACAGUUUGGAGGACUAGUCCUCUCUAGGACAAAGAGGGGAGACAUGUUGGAGGACUAGUCCUCCUCUAGGAACAAAGAGGGAGACAUGUUGGAGGACUAGUCCUCUCUAGGACAAAGAGGGAGACAUGUUGGAGGACUAGUCCACUCUAGGACAAAGAGGGAGACAUGUUGGAGGACUAGUCCUCUCUAGACAAAGAGAAAGACAUGUUGGAGGACUAGUCCUCUCUAAGACAAAGAGGGAGACAUGUUGGAGGACUAGUCCUCUCGAGGACAAAGAGAAAGACAUGUUGGAGGACUAGUCCUCUCUAGGACAAAGAGGGAGACAUGUUGGAGGACUAGUCCUCUCUAGGACAAGAGGGAGACAUGUUGGAGGACUAGUCCUCUCUAGGACAAAGAGGGAGACAUGUUGGAGGACUAGUCCUCUCUAGGACAAAGAGGGAGACAUGUUGGAGGACUAGUCCUCUCUAGGACAAAGAGGGAGACAUGUUGGAGGACUAGUCCACUCUAGGACAAAGAGGGAGACAUGUUGGAGGACUAGUCCUCUCUAGGACAAAGAGAAAGACAUGUUGGAGGACUAGUCCUCUCUAAGACAAAGAGGGAGACAUGUUGGAGGACUAGUCCUCUCUAGGACAAAGAGAAAGACAUGUUGGAGGACUAGUCCUCUCUAAGACAAAGAGGGAGACAUGUUGGAGGACUAGUCCUCUCUAGGACAAAGAGGGAGACAUGUUGGAGGACUAGUCCUCUCUUGGACAAAGAGGGAGACAUGUUGGAGGACUAGUCCUCUCUAGGACAAAGAGAAAGACAUGUUGGAGGACUAGAGAGAGAGGGGGGGUGGGGGGUCAGAUUGGAGAGAAUGAGACAGGGGACAGAGAAUAAAAAGACAGAUUGAGUGCUGUGUGUACACUCAAAGAAAUGUUGGGUUAAAAACAACCCAAUUUGGGUUCUUUGGUAACCCAGUGCUGGGUAAAUAUUGGACAGAACACACGCUGGGUUAUUUUUGACCCAGCCAGUUGGGUUGCGUGAAUAACUCAACAUGUUGGGUUGUUGGGAUUACACAAACAUGGGUUCAUUUCACCAUCAGUUAGGUAUUUUUUACUUUCAUGCUGGGUUGACCCAGCAGCUUGGCUUUUUUAAUGUAAUCCUUAGGUUAUUUUCAGGUGGCAUGGAUUAUUAGGGAUGUGGCUUUCAAAUUAUCUUAUUGGCUACCCAUGAGAGUAAAUGUCAUUCCUGUUCAUCGUGUUAAGUUUACAUACUGCAUUUUUAUUUUUUCAUAAUUUUGGGGGGGUAUUUUACACAUUCUUCUUGAAUAUUACGUUUAUUUAUGACAUAUUAUAUAAUAAGAUAAUAUCUGUUGGAAUAACACUGACAAUACAUUGGAACGACAUUAACUCUCACAGGUAGCCAAAAAGAGCUAUCUGAAGGCCACACCCCGACUAAACUACGCCUCAAAUCUUCUGAUCUGACCCGAUGGGUAACAUCUCAAUAAUCCAGCACCAAUAACCCAGCAUCAACAACCCCAACCAUGUUCUUUUUUUUAAAGAAAACAACCCAACGCCUGCAACCCAGCAGUUGGGUCAACCAAACAACCCAGAAUUCCUUUGGGUGUAGUGUGGUGUGCAUCAGACUCUAAACUUGGUUGGCAUUAACAAGGAACUCCUGGGGGGAGUGUGUGUGUGUGUGUGUGUGUGUGUGUGUGUGUGUGUGUGUGUGUGUGUGUGUGUGUGUGUGUGUGUGUGUCUGUGUCUGUGUGUGUGUGUGUGUGUGUGUGUGUGUGUGUGUGUGUGUGUGUGUGUGUGUGUGUGUGUGUGUGUGUGUGUGUGUGUGUGUGUGUGUGUGUGUGUUGUGUGUGUGUGUGUGUGUGUGUCUGUGUGUGGUGUGUGUGUGUGUGUGUGUGGUGUGUGGUGGUGUUGUGGUUGUAGGUGAUCGGUGUGUGUGUGUUUUUAGGUGUGUCGUUAGUGUGGGUGGUGUGUGUGUUGGUGUGUGGUGUGUGUUUUGUGUGUCGGGUUUGUGGUGUCGGUGUGUGGGUGUGGUGUGUGGUGUUUUGUGUGUGUGUGGGUCUGGUGGGUGGGUGUGUGGUGUGUGUGUGUGUGUGUGUGUGUGUGUGUGGGUGUGUGUGUGUGGGUAUGUGUGUGUGUGUGUGGGUGGUGUGUGUCCUGUGGUGUGGUGUGUGUUGGUGUGUGUGUGUGUGUAGGUAGUGUGUGUGUGUGUGUGUGUGUGUGGUGUGUGGUGUGUGUGUGUGACGUCUCUUCGUUGAUCGUGUGUCUAGCCCUCCAGCCAAACCCAAGCCAAACGCUUUGACAGACGUUUCACUCAGGGGGUUUGUCCUUGUUUGACAAUAGAGGGGGAGUUCUAAAGGCGUGAGGGAGGGAGGGAUAAAGCAGCUGAUAGGCUACUCGGCUCAGGGGGCAUGCAGGUCUCAUAGGCGUUGAGGGAGGGAGGGAUAAAGCAGCUGAUAGGCUACUCGGCUCAGGGGGCAUGCAGGUCUCAUAGGCGUGAGGGAGGGAGGGAUAAAGCAGCUGAUAGGCUACUCGGCUCAGGGGGCAUGCAGGUCUCAUCGUGUCCAACCUACUUAGUCGUUAACCAGUCAUUCUGUCACUGAGCUAGCUAAGACCAGGGGACUAGACGUCGUGACUCUCCAACUCUACCACAGACUAUUGCAGACCACUACAAAACAGACAGACAGAGACAUCCAAAAGACUACCACAAACCACCAUAGAUUGGAAAUAUGGUUUUUUUAUUUCGCCAAAACUGUUGCUGAGAGCGACUGGACACUUGUCUAAGAGGACAAGACCUCAUGACUCUCUAGUUCUAUGACAGAGAGCCAAAGACGACUACAGACCUAUAGAGAUUGGGUACAUAGUCUACAUUUGGCUUUUUUUCAGUAUUUCACCAGAUGUUUUUAUCCGGAGCAACUGGACACUUGUCUAGAUCUCUCUCUUGGCGUUCGAUUCCAGUCCACAGAGAAUGAAAUAGGAUAUUUUGGAUAGACGUUUUCCUCUCUUCUCCUCGUCAUGGUCUCAGUGUAGACAUGGUGGUGUACCUGAGGAAAAACAUUCGUUCUCUGCUCUCCGUCUUCAAGAAGAAGGGUGAGUACGAUGGGAGUUAUGUUGCUGAUCUGGAAAGUUGUAUGUUUAUGUUCGGAUUGGUUGACCGGCUGUUUUGGUGUAGUCUUGUGUCUGAAUGAGUGACAACUUUUCAUGGAUGUUUGAAAGACCCUACACUACCUGUUUUAUAGAUAUGACAUCAAACAGUGUGGAUGUUUGAGAGAUCAGAUAUGUCUUGAAUCCUCUAUCAGGUUAUGGCAGCAUUUUCCGUCAAAUCAAAUCAAAACCACAUGGGCCGAAUACAACAGGUGUUGACAUUACAGUGAAAUGCUUACUAACAAGCCCUUAACCAACAACGCAAUGUUAAGAAAAUAAGAAAAGUGUUAAGUAAAAAAUAAAAAUAGCAAAUACUUAAAGAGCAGCAAUAAAAUAAAAUAACAGUAGGGAGGCUAAAUACAGGGGGUACCGGUACAGAGUCAAUGUGCGGGGGCACCGGCUAGUUGAGGUAGUUGAGGUAAUAUGUACAUGUGGGUAGAGUUAAAGUGACUAUGCAUAAAUAAUAAACAGAGUAGCAGCAGCGUAAAAGAGGGGGAUGGGGUGGGGUGGGGGGGCAGUGCAAAUAGUCUGGGUAGCCAUGAUUAGCUGUUCAGGAGUCUUAUGGCUUGGGGGUAGAAGCUGUUAAGAAGCCUCUUGGACCUAGACUUGGCGCUCCGGUACCGCUUGCCAUGUGGUAGCAGAGAGAACAGUCUAUGACUAGGGUGGCUGGAGUCUUUGACAAUUUUUAGGGCCUUCCUCUGACACCGUCUGGUAUAGAGGUCCUGGAUGGCAGGAAGCUUGGCCCCAGUGAUGUACUGGGCCGUACGCACUACCCUCUGUAGUGCCUUGCGGUCGGAGGCCAAGCAGUUGCCAUACCAGGCGGUGAUGCAACCAGUCAGGAUGCUCUCGAUGGUGCAGCUGUAGAACAUUUUGAGGAUCUGAGGACCCAUGCUAAUUCUUUUCAGUCUCCUGAGGGGGAAUAGGCUUUGUCGUGCCCUCUUCACGACUGUCUUGGUGUGUUUGGACCAUGAUAGUUUGUUGGUGAUGUGGACACCAAGGAACUUGAAGCUCUCAACCUGUUCCACUACAGCCCUGUCGAUGAGAAUGGGGGCGUGCUCAGUCCUCUUUUUUUCCUGUAGUCCACAAUUAUCUCCUUUGUCUUGGUCACGUUGAGGGAGAGGUUGUUAUCCUGGCACCACACGGCCAGGUCUCUGACCUCCUCCCUAUAGGCUGUCUCAUUGUUGUCAGUGAUCAGACCUACCACUGUUGUGUCGUCGGCAAACUUAAUGAUGGUGUUGGAGUCGUGCCUGGCCAUGCAGUCAUGGGUGAACAGGGAGUACAGGAGGGGACUGAGCACGCACCCCUGAGGGGCCCCCGUGUUGAGGAUCAGUGUGGCAGAUGUGUUGUUACCUACCCUUACCACCUGGGAGCGGCCCGUCAGGAAGUCCAGGAUCCAGUUGCAAAGGGAGGUGUUUAGUUCCAGGGUCCUUAGCUUAGUGAUGAGCUUUGAGGGCAGUAUGCUGUUGAAUGCUGAGCUGUAGUCAAUUAAUAGCAUUCUCACGUAGAUGUUCCUCUUGUCCAGGUGGGAAAGGGCAGUGUGGAGUGCAAUAGAGAUUGCAUCAUCUGUGGAUCUGUUGGGCUGGUAUGCAAAUUGGAGUGAGUCUAGGGUUUCUGAUAUAAUGGUGUUGAUGCGGGCCAUGACCAGACUUUCAAAGCACUUCAUGGCUACAGACGUGACUGCUACAGGUCGGUGCUUCCCUUUGUAGUCUGCAAUAGUUUUCAAGCCCUGCCACAUCCGACGAACGUCGGAGUCGGUGUAGUACGAUUCAAUCUUAGUCCUGUAUUAACUCUUUGCCUGUUUGAUGGUUCGUCGGAGGGCAUAGUGGGAUUUCUUAUAAGCGUCCGAGUUCAGAGUCCAGCUCCUUGAAAGCGACAGCUCUACCCUUUAGCUCAGUGCGGAUGUUUCCUGUAAUCCAUGGCUUCUGGUUGGGGUAUGUAUGUACGGUCACAGUGGGGAUGACGUCAUCGAUGCACUUAUUGAUGAAGCCAGUGACUGAUGUGGUGUACUAGUGUAGAAACAUAAAGAUGGUGACAGAGGACUGGUGAAAGACUGUAGAAACAGAAGGAUGGUGAAAGAGGUCUGGAGAAAGACUGUAGUAACAGAAGGAUGGAAAGAGGACUGGUGAAAGACUGUAGAAACAGAAGGAUGGAAAGAGGACUGGUGAAAGACUGUAGAAACAGAAGGAUGGAAAGAGGACUGGUGAAAGACUGUAGAAACAGAAGGAUGGAAAGAGGACUGGUGAAAGACUGUAGAAACAGAAGGAUGGAAAGAGGACUGGUGAAAGACUGUAGAAAUAGAAGGAUGGAAAGAGGACUGGUGAAAGACUGUAGAAAUAGAAGGAUGGAAAGAGGACUGGUGAAAGACUGUAGUAACAGAAGGAUGGAAAGAGGUCUGGAGAAAGACUGUAGAAACAGAAGGAUAGAAAGAGGACUGGAGAAAAACUGUAGAAACAGAAGGAUGGUGACAGAGGACUGGUGAAAGAGAGAUGAGUAGUUGUGCGUUUGUUAUGGUGAUGUGACCAGAGUGACGCACCACGUACGCACACACACACACACAAGCUGCAAGGAGCCAGCUAAUCCUGCAUGGCGUGAGUUAGGGAGCUUCACUAAUAGAAUGAAAUGCCUGGCGUUUUGGGGUCUCAACUUAGAGACCAUUAAACUCCUCGUGGGGAGUCUUAAGGCAGUAAAACGUUAUCAUUGUUGGCACCACCAUAAAAUAAUGAACGCGGUCUAUCCCAUUAAGCUUGUAGGCACCACCAGAGUGUGUGUGAAUGUCCACAGAACUGUACAGAUUGAGUAGUGGGUCUGUUGGACUAAAGGGGAUCUCCUGGGUAUUAGACAAUAUGCUGCCAAUAUGUGAAUCUCAGAGCACACAAAGCUAUACAGAGUGGAUAGACUAGAGCAGUGGGUUAGUGGAUAGACUAGAGCAGUGGUCUAGUGGAUAGACUAGAGCAGUGGGUUAGUGUCUAGUGGAUAGACUAGAGCAGUGGGUUAGUGUCUAGUGGAUAGACUAGAGCAGUGGGUUAGUGUCUAGUGGAUAGACUAGAGCAGUGGGUUAGUGUCUAGUGGAUAGACUAGAGCAGUGGGUUAGUGUCUAGUGGAUAGACUAGAGCAGUGGGUUAGUGUCUAGUGGAUAGACUAGAGCAGUGGGUUAGUGUCUAGUGGAUAGACUAGAGCAGUGGGUUAGUGUCUAGUGGAUAGACUAGAGCAGUGGGUUAGUGUCUAGUGGAUAGACUAGAGCAGUGGGUUAGUGUCUAGUGGAUAGACUAGAGCAGUGGGUUAGUGGAUAGUGGUCUAGUGGAUAGACUAGAGCAGUGGGUUAGUGUCUAGUGGUCUAGUGGAUAGACUAGAGCAGUGGGUUAGUGUCUAGUGGUCUAGUGGAUAGACUAGAGCAGUGGGUUAGUGUCUAGUGGUCUAGUGGAUAGACUAGAGCAGUGGGUUAGUGUCUAGUGGAUAGACUAGAGCAGUGGGUAGUGUCUAGUGGAUGACUAGAGCAGUGGGUUAGUGUCUAGUGGAUAGACUAGAGCAGUGGGUUAGUGUCUAGUGGAUAGACUAGAGCAGUGGGUUAGUGUCUAGUGGAUAGACUAGAGCAGUGGGUUAGUGGAUAGUGGUCUAGUGGAUAGACUAGAGCAGUGGGUUAGUGUCUAGUGGAUAGACUAGAGCAGUGGGUUAGUGUCUAGUGGAUAGACUAGAGCAGUGGGUUAGUGUCUAGUGGAUAGACUAGAGCAGUGGGUUUAGACUAGAGAAGCAGUGGGUUAGUGUCUAGUGGUCUAGUGGAUAGACUAGAGCAGUGGGUUAGUGGUCUAGUGGUCUAGUGGAUAGACUAGAGCAGUGGGUUAGUUGGUCUAGUGGUCUAGUGGAUAGACUAGAGCAUUGGUCUAGUGGAUAGACUAGAGCAGUGGGUUAGUGUUCUAGUGGUCUAGUGGAUAGACUAGAGCAGUGGGUUAGUGUCUAGUGGUCUAGUGGAUAGACUAGAGCAGUGGGUCAGUGGAUAGUGGUCUAGUGGAUAGACUAGAGCAGUGGGUUAGUGUCUAGUGGUCUAGUGGAUAGACUAGAGCAGUGGGUUAGUGGAUAGUGGAUAGACUAGAGCAGUGGGUUAGUGUCUAGUGGUCUAGUGGAUAGACUAGAGCAGUGGGUUAGUGUCUAGUGGUCUAGUGGAUAGACUAGAGCAGUGGGUUAGUGGAUAGUGGUCUAGUGGAUAGACUAGAGCAGUGGGUUAGUGUCUAGUGGAUAGACUAGAGCAGUGGGUUAGUGUCUAGUGGUCUAGUGGAUAGACUAGAGCAGUGGGUUAGUGUCUAGUGGUCUAGUGGAUAGACUAGAGCAGUGGGUUUUCUAACGUCUCCUCUGGGACUUCCAGUCGUUCCAUGUAUUUCAACUAUUCCACAGCUAGCACACCUGAUUCAUCCAGCCAACUAACCAUCAAGCCCUUGACUAGGUGAAUCAGGUGAACUAGUUCAGGACUGCAACAAAAUACUGAAAACGUCUGGAGGUCCCUGAGGAGACUAUAGGACUUAGGGGGAUGACUCUUGGUAAAGGGGGGUAGUGUUCCUCUCCUGUUCCCCUGACUAAGAGGUCACUAAGGGGGGUGUUCCCUUUCUGUCUUUUGUCCCAGGUAACAGAACAGCCCUCAGUCUCACACACAUGGUUAUGCAACAGUGUGUGUGUGUGUGUGUGUGUGUGUGUGUGUGUGUGUGUGUGUGUGUCUGUGUGUGUGUGUGUGUGUGUGUGUGUGUGUGUGUGUGUGUCUGUGUGUGUGUGUGUGUGUGUCUGUGUGUGUGUGUGUGUGUGUGUGUGUGAGUGUGUGUGUGUCUGUGUGUGUGAGUGUGAGUGUGAGUGUGAGUGUGAGUGUGUGUGUGUGUGUGUGUGUGUGUGUGUGUGUGUGUGGUGUGUGUGUGUGUGAGUGUGUGUGUGUGUGUGUGUGUGUGUGUGUGUGUGUGUGUGUGUGAUAACAGUACACCUCUCAGGUGACAGACACGCACCUGUACCCCUACCAGACACAAGGCCCUUCCCCGUUUGUGACUGUGGGAAAAGUCAGGGCAUUAUGGAACUAACACUGUCAGACGCAAUUAAGACUUUACAUAUGGAGAUACAAUAUGGACAUACGAUAUGGACAUACGAUAUGGACAUACGAUAUGGACAUACGAUAUGGACAUAUGUAUGUAUAUACAGUGCAUUCGGAAAGUAUUCAGACCCCUUGGCUUUUCCACAUUUUGUUAUGUUACAGCCUUAUUCUAAAAUUGAUUUUUUUUUUUUUUAUAAUCCUCAUCAAUCUACACACAAUACCCCCAUAAUGACAAAGCAAAAACAGGUUUGUGGAAAUUUAAAAAACUGAAAUAUUACAUUUACAUAAGUAUUCAGACCCUUUACACACUACUUUGUAGAAGCACCCUUAGCAGCGAUUACAGCCUUGAGUCUUCUUGGGUAUGACGCUACAAGCUUGGCACACCUGUAUUUGGGGAGUUUCUCCCAUUCUUCUCUGCAGAUCCUCUCAACCUCUGUCAGGUUGGAUGGGGAGCGUUGCUGCACGGCUAUUUUCAGGACUCUCCAGAAAUGUUUGAUCAGGUUCAAGUCCGGGCUCUGGCUGGGCCACUCAAGGACAUUCAGAGACUUGUCCCGAAGCCACUGCUGCGUUGUCUUGGCUGUGUGCUUAGGGUCGUUGUCCUGUUGGAAGGUGAACCGUCACCCCAGUCUGAGGUCCUGAGCGCUCUGAGCAGGUUUUCAUCAAGGAUCUCUCUGUACUUUGCUCCGUUCAUCUUUCCCUCGAUCCUGACUAGUCUCCCAGUCCCUGCCACUGAAAAACAUUUUCAUUUUUCAUUUUAGUCAUUUAGCAGACGCUCUUAUCCAGAGCGACUUACAGUGAGUGAGUGCAUACAUUUUCAUACUGCAUGAAGCUACCACCACCAUGCUUCACCGUAGGGAUGGUGUCUGGUUUACUCCAGAUGCGACGCUUGGCAUUCAGGCCAAAGAGUUCAAUCUUGGUUUCAUCAGACCAGAGAAUCUUGUUUCUCAUGGUCUGAGAGUUCUUUAGGUGCCUUUUGGCAAACUCCAAGCGGGCUGUCAUGUGCCUUUUACUGAGGAGUGGUUUCCGUCUGGCCACUCUACCAUAAAGGCCUGAUUGUUGGAGUGCUGCAGAGAUGGUUGUCCUUCUGGAAGGUUCUCCCAUCUCCACAGAGGAAUCCAGGAGCUCUGUAAGAGUAACCAUCAGGUUCUUGGUCACCUCCCUGAUCAAGGCCCUUCUCCCCCGAUUGCUCAGUUUGGCUUGGCGGCCAGCUCUAGGAAGAGUCUUGGUGGUUCCAAACUUCUUCCAUUUAAGAAUGAUGGAGGCCACUGUGUUUUUGGGGACCUUCAAAGCUUCAGAAGUGUUUUGCUACCCUUCCCCAGAUCUGUGCCUCAACACAAUCCUGUCUCGGAGCUCUACGGACAAUUACUUUGACCUCAUGGCUUGGUUUUUGCUCUGACAUGCACUGUCAACUGUGGGGCCUUAUAUAGACAGGUGUGUGCCUUUCCAAAUCAUAUCCAAUCAAUUGAAUUUACCACAGGUGGACUCCAAUCAACUUGUAGAAACAUCUCAAGGAUGAUCAAUGGAAACAGGAUGCACCUGAGCUCAAUUUCGAGUCUCAUAGCAAAGGGUCUGAAUACUUAUGUAUUUUUUCGCUUUGUCAUUAUGGGGUAUUGUGUGUAGAUUGUUGAAAAAAAAUAAUAUUUUAAUCCAUUUUAGAAUAAGGCUGUAACGUAACAAAAUGUGGAAAAAGGGAAGGGGUCUGAAUACUUUCCCAAUGCACCGUAUCUAUCUAUUAUACAAUGAGUAGCAGAAGAAAACAGAAUAGAACAGAACUGACACAGACAUAUGUCAUUCCUGCUCUGUAUCUUAGAGUACGAUACUUCUGCUAAGAGGUCUGGACUUGUAUGGCACAGGUACUGUAGUAAUCUUACCCUCCAACAGGGCUCACUGGUGCCCAUUUACUACACUCCCUUGAAAUGUCAAGCCUGCUACAGCACACAAUCUGUCUCCCCACUACUCUAACCUCUCUGUCUCCUCUAACCGCUCUGUCUCCUCACUACUCUAACCUCUCUGUCUCCUCUAACCUCUCUGUCUCCCCACUUCUCUAACCUCUCUGUCUCCCCACUACUCUAACCUCUCUGUCUCCUCUAACCUCUCUGUCUCCCCACUACUCUAACCUCUCUGUCUCCCCACUACUCUAACCUCUCUGUCUCCCCACUACUCUAACCUCUCUGUCUCCCCACUACUCUCACCUCUCUGUCUCCCCACUACUCUAACCUCUCUGUCUCCUCUAACCUCUCUGUCUCCCCCUACUCUAACCUCUCUGUCUCCCCACUACUCUAACCUCUCUGUCUCCUCUAACCUCUCUGUCUCCUCACUACUCUAACCUCUCUGUCUCCUCUAACCUCUCUGUCUCCUCUAACCUCUCUGUCUCCCCACUACUCUAACCUCUCUGUCUCCCCACUACUCUAACCUCUCUAUCUCCUCUAACCUCUCUGUCUCCCCACUUCUCUAACCUCUCUGUCUCCCCACUACUCUAACCUCUCUGUCUCCCCCACUACUCUAACCUCUCUGUCUCCCCACUACUCUAACCUCUCUGUCUCCCCACUACUCUAACCUCUCUGUCUCCCCACUACUCUAACCUCUCUGUCUCCUCUAACCUCUCUGUCUCCCACUACUCUAACCUCUCUGUCUCCUCUAACCUCUCUGUCUCCUCACUACUCUAACCUCUCUGUCUCCUCUAACCUCUCUGUCUCCUCUAAACCUCUCUGUCUCCUCUCUGUCGUCCCCACUACUCUAACCUCUCUGUCUCCCCAUACUUUAACCUUCUGUCUCCUCUAACCUCUCUGUCUCCCCACUACUCUAACCUCUCUGUCUCCUCUAACCUCUCUGUCUCCUCUAACCUCUCUGUCUCCCACUACUCUAACCUCUCUGUCUCCUCUAACCUCUCUGUCUCCCCACUACUCUAACCUCUCUGUCUCCUCACUACUCUAACCUCUCUGUCUCCCCACUACUCUAACCUCUCUGUCUCCCCACUACUCUAACCUCUCUGUCUCCCCCACUCAACCUCUCUGUCUCCCCACUCCUCUAACCUCUCUGUCGCCCUCUAACCUCUCUGUCUCCCCACUACUUCUAACCUCUCGUCUCCCCACUACUCUAACCUCUCUGUCUCCUCACUACUCUAACCUCUCUGUCUCCUCUAAACCUCUCUCCUCUCUUCCCCCUACUCUAACCUCUCUGUCUCCCCACUACUCUAAACCUCUCUGUCCUCCCCACUACUCUAACCUCUCUGUCUCUCCCCACUACUCUAACCUCUCUGUCUCCCCACUACUCUAACCUCUCCGUCUCCUCUAACCUCUCUGUCUCCCCACUACUCUAACCUCUCUGUCUCCCCACUACUCUAACCUCUCUGUCUCCUCACUACUCUAACCCCUCUGUCUCCCCACUACUCUAACCUCUCUGUCUCCCCCACUACUCUAACCUCUCUGUCUCCCCACUACUCUAAACCUCUCUGUCUCCUCUAACCUCUCGGUCUCCCCACUACUCUAACCUCUCAGUCUCCCCACUACUCUAACCUCUCUGUCCCCCCACUACUCUAACCUCUCUGUCUCCCCCACUACUCUAACCUCUCUGUCUCCCCACUACUCUAACCUCUCUGUCUCCUCAAACCUCCUGUCUCCUCACUACUCUAACCCUCUCUGUCUCCUCUAACCUCUCUGUCUCCUCUAACCUCCUGUCUCCCCACUACUCUAACCGUCUCUGUCUCCCCACUACCUCUAACCUCUCUGUCCUCCCACUACUCUAACCUCUCUGUCUCCCCACUACUCUAACCUCUCUGUCUCCCCACUUACUCUAACCUCUCUGUCUCCUCUAACCCUCUCUGUCUCCCCACUACUCUAACCUCUCUGUCUCCUCUAAACCUCUGUCUCCUCACUACUCUAACCCUCUCUGUCUCCCCACUACUCUAACCUCUCUGUCUCCCCCACUACUCUAAACCUCUCUGUCUCCCUCUAACCUAUCUGUCUCCCCACUACUCUAACCUCUCUGUCUCCUCUAACCUCUCUGUCUCCCCACUACUCUAACCUCUCUGUCUCCCUCACUACUCCUAACCUCUCUGUCUCCCCACUACUCUAACCUCCUCUGUCCUCCCCCACUACUCUAACCUCUCCUCUCUCCCCACUACUCUAACCUCUCUGUCUCCCCACUACUCUAAACCUCUCUGUCUCCUCUAACCUCUCUGUCUCCCCACUACUCUAACCUCUCUGCCUCCCCACUACUCUAACCUCUCUGUCUCCUCCUCAUAUCUAACCUCUCUGUCUCCUCUAACCUCUCUGUCCCCCAUUACUCUAAACUCCUGUCUCCCCCCACUACUCUAACCUCUCUGCUCCCCACAUACUCUAAACCCCUCUGUUUUCCCCACUACUCUAACCUCUCGGUCUCCCCCUACUCUAACCCUCUGUCUCCUCUAACCUCUCUGUCUCCCCACUACUCUAACCCUCUUCUGUCCCCCCCACUACUCUAACCUCUCUGUUUUCCUCACUACUCUAACCUCUCUGUCUCCCCACUACUCUAAACCUCUCUGUCUCCCCACUACUCUAACCUCUCUGUCUCCUCUAACCUAUCUGUCCCCCACUACUCUAACCUCUCUGUCUCCUCUAACCUCUCUGUCUCCCCCUACUCUAACCUCUCUGUCUCCUCACUACUCUAACCUCUCUCUCCCCACUACUCUAACCCCCUCUGUCCCCCCACUACUCUAACCUCUCCUUUCCCCCCACUACUCUAACCUCUCUGUCUCCCACUACUCUAACCUCUCUGUCUCCCCUAACCUCUCUGUCUCCCCACUACUCUAAACCUCUCUGCCUCCCCACUACUUUUAAACCCCUUUCUCCUAUCUCUACCCUCGUCUCUCCCAACUCUCUGUCUCCCACUACUCUAAACUCUCUGUCUCCCCACUACUCUAACCUCUCUGUCUCCCCACUACUCUAACCUCUCUUUCCCCACUACUCUAACCUCCUCUGGGCUCCCCCCACUCUUAACUCUCUGUCCCUACUACCUCUCGUCUCCCCACUACUCUAACCUCUCUGUCUCCCACUACUAACCUCUCUGUCUCCCCACUACUAACCUCUUUUGUCUCCCCACUACCUAACCUUCCCGUCUCCCCACUACUCUAACUCUCUGUUCUGUCUCCCCCCUCUAACCUCUCUGUCUCCCCACUACUCUAACCUCUCUGUCUCCCACCCCCCCUCUAACCUCUUGUCUCCCCCUACUCUAACCUCUCUGUCUCCCCUACUAACCUCUCUGUCUCCCCACUCUAACCUCUCUGGUCUCCUCUAACCCUCGCUCUGUCUCCCACUACUCUAAACCCCUCUGUCUCCCCCAUACUCUAACCUCUCUGUCUCCCCACUACUCUAACCCUCUUCUGUCUCCCCCCCUAACCUCUCCCGUCCCUCCCCGCACUCCUUUAACCUCUCUGUCUCCCCCCCUAACCUCUCUGUUCCUUUCCCACUAACUCUAACCCCUCUGUCUCCCUCUAACCCUCUGGGCUCCCCACUACUCUAACCUCUCUGUCUCCUCUAACCUCUCUGUUCUCCCCACUACUCUAAACCUCUCUGUCUCCUCAACCUCUCUGUUUUCCCACUACUCUAACCUCUCUGUCUCCCCUAAACCCCGCUUUCCUUUUCCCCACUACUCUAAACCUCUCUGUCCCCCACUACUCAACCUUUUUCCCUUCCUUUUCCCACUACCUAACCCUCUGUCUCCUCUAACCUCUCUGUUUUCCCCACUAAAUCUAACCUCUCUGUCUCCUCUAACCUUCUGUCCCCCCACUACUCAACCUCUCUGUCUCCUCUAACCUCCUUUCCCCCUACUCUAACCUCCUCCCGUCUCCCUAACCUUCUGUCUCCCCACUACUCUAACCUCUCUGUCUCCUCUAACCUCUCUGUCUCCCCACUACUCUAACCUCUCUGUCUCACCUCUCUCCCCCUCUAACCUCUCUGUCUCCCCCCUACUCUAACCUCUCUGUCUCCUCUAACCUCUCUUUCUCCCCCACUACCCCAACCUCUCUUCUCCUCUAACCUCUCUGUCUCCCCCAAAUACUCUAACCUCUCUGUCUCCUUAACCUCUCUGUCUCCCCACUACUCUAAACCUUUUCUUUUCCCUUACCCUCUUCCCCUACUCUAACUCUCUGUCUCCUCUAACCUCCUGUCUCCCCACUACUCAACCUCUCUGGUCUCCCAUCUUUAAACCUUUUGUCUCCUCUCCCUCCCCUAACCUCUCUUCUACCUCUAACAUCUCGUUCUCCUCUAACCCUCUCUGUCUCCCCACCUACUCUAACCUCUCUUGUCUCCUCUAACCUCUCUGUCUCCCACUACUUACUCUAACCUCUCUGUCUCCCCCUACUCUACCUCUCCUUCCUCUGUCUCACCCCACUACUCUAAACCGUCUCUGUCUCCCCACUACAUCUAACCUCUCUGUCUCCCCACUACUCUCAACCCUCCUGGUCCCUCCCCAACUACUCGAACAUCUCUGGUCCUACCCCACUACUCUAACCAUCUCUGUCUCACCCACUACUCUAACCCUCUUGUAUUCCCACUACUCUAGCCCUCUCUGUCUUCCCUCUCCCCCACUACUCUAAACAUCCUCUGUAUCCCCACUACUUCGUUCCUCUCUGUCUCCCCCACUACUCUAACCUCUCUGUCUCCCCACUACUCUAACAUCUCUGUCUCCCCACUACUCUAACCUCUCUAUCUCCCCACUACUCUAACCUCAUGUCAACAAACUCAUGUUGAAUUCCCAGGCCACUUAUGACCGCAGCAGCAUGUUUAUCUUGGAACCAGACCAGGGCUGCAUCCCAAAUAUUUACAUUACAUUUUAGUCAUUUAGCAGACGCUCUUAUCCAGAGUGACUUACAGGAGCAAUUAGGGUUAAGUGCCUUGCUCAAGGGCACAUCGACAGAUUUUUCACCUAGUCGGCUCGGGGAUUAGAACCAGCAACCUUUCAAUUACUGGCACAACGCUCUUAACCACUAAGCUACCUGCCGCCCCAAAUAGCACCCUAUUACGUUCGAAGUGCACUAUUUUCGACCAGGGCCAUAUGGGCUCUAGUGCACUAUCUAGGGAAUAGGGUGCCAUUUGGGAUGCAGUACCAGGCCAAUCCAGAUUACCUCCCCCAUAUGGACUACCUGGGUUGAGAUACGCCGGGGAGGAGCCAAUCCGGGGUUAGCUCUCUGGGGUGGCGAAGGCAAGACGUCUGCCGGGCAGAUUGGGACAGGCCAAUUAUACACACAUGCCAAGAGAGACUGGUGAUGAAACAGAUGGCAUCUCAUUGUCAAACCUCCAUCAAAUACUAGAGACAGAGAGAGCGAGAGACAGAGAGAGAGACAGAGAGAGAGAGAGAGAGAGAGAGAGAGAGAGAGAGAGAGAGAGAGAGAGAGAGAGAGAGGCAGAUAGGGAGAGCGAGAGGGAUAUGGAGAGGAGAGAAGGAGAGAGAGAGAGAGAGAGAGAGAGACGGAGAGACAGAGAGACAGAGAGAGAGGAGAAGGAGGGAGGAGAGAGUGAGGAGGAAGUCAUUUGGUAUUGGAUGGAAUUAAAGACCAGAUAGGGGAGUCAGUCUACUCUGAUUAAGAGUCAGGAUGUUCUAGGGCUCUAAUGCCUUCAAUGUAAUGUGUUGCCAAGUACUGUUAUACAGGUCCUGGUGCCAGUCACUAACCAGUAAGCAGUCACAUCACUGUGUAGGGUUCCUCUAUGUGUGAGCAUAUAACAAGGUCUAUCAAGAGGUCCGAAUCUUUAUGGCACAGGGGGCACUUGUAACUGACCCCUCAGGCACAACUUCCUGUUUGAUUUAUGGGAUAUAUGGAGUUGUUGAAGAGACGGAUAACACAAUCACUAUCUCUUGGUGAUGAAUACAUUGUUAUUAAACUCUCUCUCUUUCUCUCUUUCUCUCUCUCUCUCUCUCUCUUCUCCCUCUCUCUCUCUCUCUCUAGCUGGUCCUAAGGGUCAGGAUGAGCAGAAGAGGUUGACAGUUCACUACACAGCCUCCUCACACUACCAGGAGAAUGUGUUCAUCGAGGGCAGCCGUCCUCAGUACCUGGAAGACCUACACACUGAGGCACGGGAGGGGUUAAAGAUCCUACAACAAGAGGGUGAGCAUUACCCACUCUAAACAGUACUCAGACCACAUCACUUGGGGUUAAACUCGAGAUGGUUGAAUGUUGUCGUUGGCGCUAUCGUGUGGGAUUUAUCUGUGAUUGAAUACCCUUUUUGUUUCUCCAUCAGAAUUCGACAAUGGAGGGGACUUUCAGGAUGACCAGAGUGUUGCCGUAAGUAGGGGUUUAUUUGAAACAAUCUUAUGUGGCUAAUCAAGGAAUAGGAGACAGGAGCAUACAACAGCUUCUGCAAGAACACAGUGAUGGAAUACCUUGUUUCACGAAUACCCACUCCUGUAUUCCCCCGUCUGCAGUCCAAUCCCAUUAUCCAGGCGGAGCAGGACGUCAACGCCAACCACAGGGAUGGAUCUCAGGAGUCCGGAAGCACCGCUGGGAAUUCUGUUACCGCAGCGACCUCUGCUGUAUCGUCAGCCAUGUCCACGAGGCCCGUGAUCACACGCCAAGGUAGGGGAGAAGAACGUUUCUGUGUCUCUGUGUCUCUUCACCUGAUAGAGACAUACUCUGUGAGAGAAGCUUGUAAUCUGAGCAGGGCAAUGCCACAGGCCUCCAGUUUCUCAACAGACACAAGCUGCCCCAAAAGGUUCCAUGGUGCAGUAGUGGUGCGUGGAUAAAAUCACUGGGGAAGCCAAAAAAAAAAAAAACAUAUUACAACCUAUGUGUUGUGAUAAUUGCGUUGUUUGCUCUGUAACCUGUUAGUUCAUAUGCCUUGUGCCACUGUGAUAUAUAGGCCUAAAGGCCGAGACAAUAAGACACAGUGGCAGAACAAAUUCAACCACACCUUUGUUUCAUCACAAAACCAAAGAGCAUCCUCUGUCCGGUGAAGUCCAUAAAGCAUAUUGCAUGUAACAAACAGUUACAUGACCUACAGCAUGGUCAAGCAAGUUAAUGUUUCUGACAUUUUCCGGACCACUAAACAACUAUUGAUUUAGAACCACAGAGAGUUACCGCAAGUCGCAAAGAAAACAGGAGCUGCCUCCACUAUUCCAGCACCAUUUCAACUUCAACAUUUGAACAUCAUCAAAUCACCUCUGCUUAGUCUAAUACAGAGACAACUAAAAGAUACCAAAAACAAUUUAGUCCAAUUAACGUAAGCUAAAUAUGCUGUGGCUGUCCAUGCUUCUGAUUUCUGUGUCCAUGUUUGUUUGUGUGCGUGCGUGCGUGUGCGUGUGUGUGUGUGUGCGUGUGUGUGUGUUCAUGCAAGUACAAAAACAUGUGCCAUCCUCCUCUCUUUCAUGUUGACGAAACGGUCCAUCACUCUGUCAUACAGUACACGCUUUUAGUUUUGGUUGUCCUAGGCUACCUGGCUAAGAUUCUUGCUCACUAGCCUAACUUCCUUUCAUGGGCAAUGUUAGCUAGUUAACAUUAGCCUUCUACAUCUAGCUACAUAUUGAACUUCCAUUUACAUUUUACAUUUUAGUAAUUUAGCAGACGCUCUUAUCCAGAGCGACUUACAGGAGCAAUUAGGGUUAAGUGCCUUGCUCAAGGGCACAUUUACGUCAUUUAGCAGACGCUCUUAAACAGAGCGACUCACAAAUUGGUGCAUUCACCCUAUAGGCAGUGGAAAAACCACUUCCAUCCACUCAGGCCAGGGGCACAACAAUGUAUGAAUUAAUGGUUGGAUCAGGAUCGCCGUUAUAAUCAUUGGCCAGUAUGGAGAAUUAAGUAAAACCACAAGUCCAAAUCCCUAUCUCCAUCCAUGGCUAAUUUAGGAAAGGGACCAUUUUAGCUAGCUGGCUAGCCACCGGAGGACAACAACACAACGAGAUGCAACAAUUCAAGUUGUUUCUGUCAAUGACGUAUGCUCUGAAUGUGAUGUGAUAGGAGUGAAGCCAAAUCCAAACUGACUUCUUUUGACACUUUUUAUUGGUGCGCCAGGACCAUUCACAGUUGAGCUCACUCAGUUUAGCUCAACGCUAAUUUGUAAAACUUUUUUAUCAAGGGAGGCCAAAUGCUUGCUGGCUUCCCUUGCGUUCCAUUCAAUGCUACGGGAGGCAACAAUGUCAUACUCGUUUGGACCAGACAGCAUCAGAUAGAUGGCCUACACGUAGAGAGACAGAGGGGCGCUGUUUCGCUCACUCAGAUGCUUUCUCCGGAGAGAUAGAUUGAGCCUCUUGCGAAUUGAAGGAAAAUUAUGAAACACAUGUAUUUUUAGUUAUUUAUUAUUGGUACUUUAACCAGCCAUGAUGACUGGUUAAAGAGACACAGAGAAGGAAGGGAAAGGAUUCCUAGUCAGUUGCACAACUGAAUGCAUUCAACCAAAGAAAGGGGUAGGGAGAGAAAGAUGGGGGAGAAAGACAGAGAGAGAGAGAUGGGGGAGAGAGAGAUGGGGGGAGGGGAGAGAGGAGAGAGAGAUGGGGAGAGAGAGGAUAAGGGAGAGAGACGGAUGAGGAGAGAUGGGGGAGAGAGAUGAGAUGGAGAGAGAUGGGGAAGUAGAGGAUGGGGGAAGAGACUGAGAGAGAUGGGGGAGAGAGAGAUGGGGAGAGAGGCUGAGAGAGAUGGGGAGAGAAAGGGGUAUGGAGAGAGAUGGGGAUAGAAAGAGAUGGGUAGGGAGAGAAAGAUGGGGGAGAGAGACUGAGAGAGAGAUGGGGGAGAGAGACGGAGAGAAAGGGGUAGGGAGAGAAGUGGGGAACAGACAGAAGAGAUAUGGGGGAGAGAGGAGAGAGAAUGGGAGAGAGAGAUGGGAGACGGAGAGAAUUGGGAGAGAGACAGAGAUGAGAUGAAGAAUGAAAAUGUAGUAUGGGGAGGGAAAAGUGGAGCAGAGAAAAGGUUAGGGAUAGAAAGAUGGGGGUUCUUCAUAAUCAUAUCCCAUUCAUUGUAUGCUAAUCAUAGAUCAUGCCUUGGGGUAGGCCUAUAUUUUAGUCUUUGUUUGUAAAUGUUAUUUUUGGUGGUUGAGGGAUCUAUUUCUCCUGCAGGCCUCGUUCUCAGCAGUCUCUACUGUCUCUCUACUGGGUCUCUUCUGUCUCUACUGGGUCUCUUCUGUCUCUACUGGGUCUCUUCUGUCUCUACUGGGUCUCUUCUGUCUCUACUGGGUCUCUUCUGUCUCUACUGGGUCUCUUCUGGGUCUCUACUGGGUCUCUUCUGUCUCUACUGGGUCUCUGCUGGGUCACUUCUGUCUCUACUGGGUCUCUGCUGGGUCUCAUCUGUCUCUACUGGGUCUCUUCUGUCUCUACUGGGUCUCUACCUCUCUCUCUGUCUACUCAAUGGUCUUUACUGUCUCUGUUGACUCAUGGUUCUACGUCCUACUGAGUUUGUUUCUCACUGGGUCUCUAACGUCUUCUGUCUCUCUGGGUCUCUUGUCUCUACUGGUCUCUUCUGUCUCUACAUUAUGUCUCUAAUCUCUCUCUAACCUGUCUUCAACACUGGGUCAUUAUAACUAUACCUCUGUUGGUCUCUACUGGGUCUCUAUCUCUAUGGUCCGUCCUGGUCUCUACUGUGGCCUCUCUUUCUGUCCUCUACUGGGUCUCUUACUGUUCAUUCUGGCUCUCUAACUGGGUCUCUAUGUCUCUACUGGUCUCUACUGGUCUCUACUGGGUCUACUGUCUCUCUGUCUCUACUGGGUCUCUUACUGGUCUCUACUGGGUCUCUAUCCUGCUCUCUCGGUCUCUAACUGGUCUGUUUCUUCUGGUCUCUUACUGGGUCUCUUACUGUCCUCUACUCUGGGUCUCUUCUUUCCUGUGGUCUCUACGGGUCUCUAAUGGGUCUAUUCUGUCUCUACUGGGUCUCUUAUGUCUCUACUGGGUCUCUACUGGGUCUCUACUGGGUCUCUUCUGUCUCUACUGGGUCUCUUCUGUCUCUACUGGGUCUCUACUGGGUCUGUACUGGGUCUCUUCUGUCUCUACUGGGUAUCUUCUGUCUCUUCUGGGUCUCUUCUGUCUCUACUGGGUCUCUACUGGGUCUCUACUGGGUCUCUUCUGUCUCUACUGGGUCUCUUCUGUCUCUACUGGGUCUCUACUGUCUCUACUGUGGUUAGAUUAUGUUUAGACGUGUAAUCAAAACCAGAGGAUCUUGUUACACACAAAGAAGAGGCAAAACACACACACACACAGCUGUAGUUUGUUACUGACUUGGAAUGUCUCUACCAUCCAAAUAGUGCUCUGCUGCUGCCUGGUGUGGCCCAGCUGGGGGGCAAAGCAUGCCAUAAUAUUCACUGAAUCUCUCUCAUUGAACCUCAUUGCAAUUUACAACCAGACCCUCUGAGUACCCAGUCAUGAAAAUAAAAUAACCGUAUUUUUAAAAUAAAAAAUUAAUUAAAAAAAUUACAGCUGACUGAAGGCGGGACGGUCAGGCAUUUGUGUGGUUGAGUCCGUUUCUGUGGUAACAUUGACUCUUAAUAACGUGAUGAAACUUUGUUGCUCCUUGCUGAAACAAGCAGGGUGUUGUAGCAAACGAACACACAGUUCAAGGUGCAAGCAAGGUGCAGCAGCAGCAUAAACAGGGUCAGGAGCGGAGGAGCGGCAGCACAGGGUCAGGAGCGGAGGAGCGGCAGUACAGGGUCAGGAGCGGAGGAGCGGCAGCACAGGGUCAGGAGCGGAGGAGCGGCAGCACAGGGUCAGGAGCGGAGGAGCGGCAGCACAGGGUCAGGAGCGGAGGAGCGGCAGCACAGGGUCAGGAGCGGAGGAGCGGCAACACAGGGUCAGGAGCGGAGGAGCGGCAGCACAGGGUCAGGAGCGGAGGAGCGGCAGUACAGGGUCAGGAGCGGAGGAGCGGCAGCACAGGGUCAGGAGCGGAGGAGCGGCAGCAAAGGGUCAGGAGCGGAGGAGCGGCAGCACAGGGUCAGGAGCGGAGGAGCGGCAGCACAGGGUCAGGAGCGGAGGAGCGGCAGCACAGGGUCAGGAGCGGAGGAGCGGCAGUACAGGGUCAGGAGCGGAGGAGCGGCAGCACAGGGUCAGGAGCGGAGGAGCGGCUGCACAGGGUCAGGAGCGGAGGAGCGGCAGCACAGGGUCAGGAGCGGCAGUACAGGGUCAGGAGCGGAGGAGCGGCAGUACAGGGUCAGGAGCGGAGGAGCGGCAGUACAGGGUCAGGAGCGGAGGAGCGGCAGUACAGGGUCAGGAGGGGAGGAGCGGCAGCACAGGGUCAGGAGCGGAGGAGUGGCAGCACAGGGUCAGGAGCGGCAGCACAGGGUCAGGAGCGGAGGAGCGGCAGUACAGGGUCAGGAGGGGAGGAGCGGCAGUACAGGGUCAGGAGGGGAGGAGCGGCAGCACAGGGUCAGGAGCGGAGGAGAGGCAGCACAGGGUCAGGAGCGGAGGAGCGGCAGCACAGGGUCAGGAGGGGAGGAGCGGCAGCACAGGGUCAGGAGCGGAGGAGCGGCAGCACAGGGUCAGGAGCGGAGGAGCGGCAGCACAGGGUCAGGAGCGGAGGAGCGGCAGCACAGGGUCAGGAGCGGAGGAGAGGCAGCACAGGGUCAGGAGCGGAGGAGCGGCAGCACAGGGUCAGGAGCGGAGGAGCGGCAGCACAGGGUCAGGAGCGGCAGCACAGGGUCAGGAGCGGAGGAGCGGCAGCACAGGGUCAGGAGCGGAGAGCGGCAGCACAGGGUCAGGAGCGGAGGAGCGGCAGCACAGGGUCAGGAGCGGAGGAGCGGCAGCACAGGGUCAGGAGCGGAGGAGCGGCAGCACAGGGUCAGGAGCGGAGGAGCGGCAACACAGGGUCAGGAGCGGAGGAGCGGCAGCACAGGGUCAGGAGCGGCAGCACAGGGUCAGGAGCGGAGGAGAGGCAGCACAGGGUCAGGAGCGGAGGAGCGGCAGCACAGGGUCAGGAGCGGAGGAGCGGCAGCACAGGGUCAGGAGCGGAGGAGCGGCAGCACAGGGUCAGGAGCGGAGGAGCGGCAGCACAGGGUCAGGAGCGGCAGCACAGGGUCAGGAGCGGAGGAGCGGCAGCACAGGGUCAGGAGCGGAGGAGCGGCAGCACAGGGUCAGGAGCGGAGGAGCGGCAGCACAGGGUCAGGAGCGGCAGCACAGGGUCAGGAGCGGAGGAGAGGCAGCACAGGGUCAGGAGCAGAGGAGAGGCAGCACAGGGUCAGGAGCGGAGGAGAGGCAGCACAGGGUCAGGAGCGGAGGAGAGGCAGCACAGGGUCAGGAUCGGAGGAGCGGCAGCACAGGGUCAGGAGCGGAGGAGCGGCAGCACAGGGUCAGGAGCGGAGGAGAGGCAGCACAGGGUCAGGAGCGGAGGAGAGGCAGCACAGGGUCAGGAGCGGCAGCACAGGGUCAGGAGCGGAGGAGAGGCAGCACAGGGUCAGGAGCGGAGGAGCGGCAGCACAGGGUCAGGAGCGGCAGCACAGGGUCAGGAGCGGAGGAGCGGCAGCACAGGGUCAGGAGCGGAGGAGCAGCAGCACAGGGUCAGGAGCGGAGGAGAGGCAGCACAGGGUCAGGAGCGGAGGAGCGGCAGCACAGGGUCAGGAGCGGAGGAGCGGCAGCACAGGGUCAGGAGCGGCAGCACAGGGUCAGGAGGGGAGGAGCAGCAGCACAGGGUCAGGAGCGGAGGAGAGGCAGCACAGGGUCAGGAGCGGAGGAGCGGCAGCACAGGGUCAGGAGCGGAGGAGCAGCAGCACAGGGUCAGGAGCGGCAGCACAGGGUCAGGAGGGGAGGAGAGGCAGCACAGGGUCAGGAGCGGCAGCACAGGGUCAGGAGCGGAGGAGAGGCAGCACAGGGUCAGGAGCGGAGGAGCGGAAAAAAUGGGUCUUCUUUCAGUUGUUUUUUUUGCUAUUUGAACGGUUAUUACGGAGGCCGUAGUCAUUUGGUUGGCCAAUUACCGUCAUCCAAAUCAUUUGUCAUUCUCAAUACUAUAUAUAAUGACAGACGCUAACUCUCCUCCCUCGUCAUCUCUCCUUUCAUAUUCCCUUCCUCUUUCCUUGCAUCCCUUCAAAUCAAAUCGAACUUUAAAAGUGCAACACAUCUUUACUCAUGCAUCCCUUUGUCUCAUCCUUCUCCCUCCUCUAAACCUCUCCUCCCAGGCUCCACGUUCAAGCCUCUGAACCCAGUGAAGAGACUAGAGAAAGGGAAGAACAGGACCAGGAGGACUACAGUCAUGGGCAUACCCCAGCAGGUCCAGAGAGAGCUGGGUACGUAUGUAGUCACGGAUGGCAGCUAGCUUUGCACUGAGCUUCACUUUACGAAGUCACCGCGACCAACAAAGGUCCAGGGUUUUGUGGGUUUUAGUGGUUCACUAAGUAAAGUGGGAGCUAUGCUGAAUGAAUACCCUUAGCCACGUUGUCAUUUAAGAAGUCAAAUCAACGGUACUUUCUUUUGUCAAAUUCAAAUGAGGUGAUAGUAGUGGUGAUAAGAUGUUUUCCGCCUCCGUUCCCCUUCUAGCCCUGCACAGUGGGUCUGCGUACCAAGUUCCUUCCCAGCUCUCUAACGGCUCUGGAGGACAGGGUAGUGACGGCCAACCAGGUGUGGUCGCCAUCCCCACCAUCGAUGGAGAGACCCCUCUAGCCAACCACGAUGGAGCUAGGGUACACAUCUCAGAACUGGCGGUGAGGCUUUCAUACGCGCUUGUUUUAGCUUUACAACCCCAACCUGAACAAGUACAUUUAUUUUGUGCUUUUUGUUAUAGUGUCAUGCUUUUACUUACAGAGUGCUACUUGCAUGACAAAAUUGUAGUUACGUUGUAAGUAUCUCACGACUUCUGUUUGUUUCUAAGAAGGAUUCUUUAAAACGAGGUAGUUCUUGUUUAUGUCAGCAAGAAACCACUAUAAUUACUAUAAUUACAACUGAACUAAUCUAAAUAGGCAUCCAGAGAGGAGCGGCUGUUGACACACCACCUCAAGUCUGUGUACAGGGACGACCAGGGCUUCAGCCACCACAGGGGACUGAACUCUCGUCUCUCCCCCACCCAGAGGCCCAAAUCUCUGGCCGUGCCGGGCAUGACCUCCUCCUGCUCGGUUGGAUUCCCCAGCUUCCUCCAGGAGCCACAGGUGAGUCCAGUUCAGAACGGUGUUUGUCACCAUGUUUCUUCCUGCUGGGGUCAUCUAUGCGAAAAUGUAUGCCCACACUACUGUAAGUGGCUUUGGAUAAAAGCGUCUGCUAAAUGGCAUGUUUACCCUUCCCUGGGAUGUUGCUGUCACAUCACAUGAUCAUCUGACACUGAUGUUAAACCAUGCUUGUUAUCUGAACCACUGGACUAAGAUCCAAAUACUGAUAGCUACAUAGUAUGACAGCUCCACAUUUCUCUACAUAGUAUGACUCCUAAUGUUGAUCCUUGUGUUUGUCUCCUCCCAGGGUCCGGUGAUGUCCAUCUCUCCCCAGGCGACCUACCUGUCUAAGAUCAUCCCCAACGCCUAUCUGCCGGCCUCCGUCGACGUCAUACAGAUCGACCGCAGCACCAGCCAUACCCAUGGAAACAACGGUAAAGGAACGGUCCGUACCGUCAGCAAGAGCAGCCUUGCGUCAGUGUCGUCAGCCAGCCCAGCGUCGUCGAGGAGGUCGGGCGGCGAUGGUUGCUAUGACGGCGGCGACGCCCUUUCCCAUGGUGACAGUAGUUCCCGGGACGAUGGUUCUACGGCGACCACACACUCAGUGACUUCGGGAUCCGGCUGGAGCCACUCGCAGUCUUCCGAGACGAUCAAGUCCAACUCCUCCGCCAUCUCCUUCACGAAGGGGAGCUUCAGACCUGCUAACCCACAGACAGUGAGCCACGCUGGGCAGGAGAGAGAGCUGCAGCAGCCUGGUGCUGGGGACCAGGACCUGGUGAGCCUACAAAGCUCGGCUAGCUGGGUCAGCAGCACCAGUAGGGGUACUAGUACUGUGACUGCUCAGGGGGGAUCUGAGUCGGGUCUAUCUGGGUCUAUCAGUGCUGGGGAGAUGAGCGAUGUUGGAGGAGACUCUCACAGAUUCUCUCGCUGUCUGUCGGUCAUGAAGACCAAGCUGCCCCCGGCUCCCCCCAGGAGAACCAACUCACUGCACCAUGAGAAGAUGAUGAAGAGGCGACCCAGGGAACUGGUGGAGAUUAAAGACCUCCGUGACUCUGUGGGUGGGGAGGUGGAGGCUGUUGAGGACACAAGCUUGGUUACGAUCGAGAUCUCUAAAGAGCUCUACAAAGAAAUCACAAAGAGCUCUGUCCCUGUAUCCAACUCAUCUGGGUUUAGCUCUUUAGAUGAUACAAGGUCUUCCACAGCCUCUAGCCCCCUGAGACCCACACAGGCCUCCCCUGGAGGUAGUGGAAAACCAGAAAGGCCAGGGUCCAGCAGCUCUUCCCCACAGAAGGCUCCCUCAGAGGGAGGUACAUUUGAAAGGACCAUGUCCCCCUCCAGUGGGUACUCAACCCAGAGUGGUACUCCGACGCUCUCCCCCAAGGGGAUCUGCCCUUCCGCCUCCCCAGGUAAACAGAAGAUGAUGCCGGUCAAACCGGAACGAUCUGGUUCAAGAGCUUCCUCCACGGCAGCCUCUGUCUCCUCUUCCCUCACCUCCCUGUCUUCAGCCACCUCAGAACACGUCAAUCAAGAGGCUUCGAAAAACAGCCCUAGCCCGCCCCAGCAGGCCUCCCCACCCCCAGCUGUAAUGACAACAGAAAAGCCAGCAACGGCGACCCCGGUAACCCUGACCCGUUCCUCUGCAUCCAUGGCGAUCAGAGAGUUGCUUAACAUUCCGCCACCCCCCAACAUCAAAGCCCCUUCCCCGCCACCCCCGGAGACCUGGGCCCACAACAGACACACCUUCUUACUGCUGUGCGGGCCUUGCCCCAAUGUCAACAAGCUAGCACAGCUCCAGAAGCAACAGGAAUUGAAAGACGAAGCUGCCAUCAUUGAGCAAAAGCAGGAUCCUCAAACUGAAGCUAGCAAGGCGUCUCAAUGCUCGAAUGAAAAGAAGGCUACCGUAGAGGAAGUCACUUUGAUAAAAUCAGAAAGCAAAUACAUUGCUUCGCAAGAAGAAACUGAGCCUAUGCUAGAGCAGGUGCCUGAGGUAUCCGAGUGUGUUAGUCAGGGAUUCGAGAGCACAGAAAGUCAAACGAAAGAACAAGGAAGUCCGGCGAUGAUCGCAGAGAGGGUAGAAGCAUGUGUAGAGGUCCAGAACCAGGACCAGGAGCAGAACCAGAACCAGAGUAGUAGUAGUGUUGCACAGGUCAAGGAUCAAAAAGAGAGGCUAGAGACACAAGUUAGUUUAGCGACCAUUCCAAAGAAGGAACCCCCUCCUGUCAUGGAGAAAAUUCCUCCUAGAAAAGAUCCUAAAGUUCAAGUAACAGCAAACAUCCAACAAAAGUCGCCAUUUGAUGAGGUCACAGUAGAGGAGAAGGUAGAAUCACCCAGCGAGAGUGAGAAGUGUUCCCUACAGGCGGAGGUAGAGGUGGUAGCUAAGGAUGUUGAGGUUGAGGUAGUAGCUAAGAAAGUUGAGAUAGCUGCUAAGGAAGUUGAGGUAGUAGCUAAGGUUGAAGGUCAGAGUGCUACUGAAAACACUACAGAGGAAAGUCCCACCAAACCAGAGGCAUCUACACAGACCCUUGCCAUGGAGCCUACCAAAGUGGACAGGGUCUCUCCUCCAGCCUCCCCUCCCCCUGCCCACCACCCUCCUCCACCCCCUUCUAAGACACCUCCAUCCUUAGUGUCCACUCCCCCACCUGAGGUAGAGGAGGAGGGUGAGGAAGAGAUUCCCAUAGUAGAGUCCUGCUGGCCCCCUCCACCUCCACCAGAGGAACCAGCAGAUUCAGUCUUUGAUGAGUCAGAUGAGAUGGACUUUCCACCUCCACCUCCUCCCUUCGUGAUGGAGAGCUUGCCAGAUGUGGUGGAGAGCUGUAACACAGUCGCUGAUGUCCAGGAGGCGUCCAUUGUGGCUCUGGAUGUGGAGGAGGUUAAGGAAACUGUGAAUGGAGCAACUGUGGCUGGGGCAACUGUAGAUCUGUUACUCAUUCCGGCUCAAAUGGAGAUGAAGGAGGAUAGACCUGAAAAGGUGAUUCUGGACUCCAAUGCUGAUGAAACCAGCUCUGAGGUAUCUGAAUCAGCUGAGCUCCAAGCAAUUCCCGCAGAUGAGUCAACUAUCGUUUCUCCAGUUCAGCCCAAUAAGAUUGGGGCAGAGGUCAAGCAAUCUGCCCAGCAGCCAAUCACAAUGCAAGAAGCCACACCUCAACCAACAGAAACUUCUCAUCAGUCACAGGAAGUCCUGGCUCUACCAGAGGAUGUCCCUUCCCAACCCCAGGAGGCUCUUCCCCCAUCACCAAUGAAAAUAGCCUUGGUGCCCCCCUCAAGUAUCCCCCCUGUACCCCUUAUCAGUGUCCACCUCCCUUCCCCUGUACAAUUUGAAGAUCAGAUGCCCUCUGAGCCUCCUGUGAGGAUGUUCCCACUCCCACCCCCUCUCCACCCCACGAUUGAGAACCAACCCCCUGUGACCGUCAGGAGACAGCUCAGCUUGGCCAACAGAGAGACCAGGAGCAAAGAGCUUCUGUCUAGGCCCAUUCCCAAAGAAGACGCCAACAUUCCACUGGUCACCCCGUCUCUGCUUCAGAUGGUACGUCUCAGAUCGGUCAACGUCAGUGAAGACCAGGUGAAAACGCCUUCCGACAACGACAAUAAUUCCAACAAUGGGAAUCCACCUGCUCACGACCAGAGUCCAAUCCCAACCCAAACCCCAGGAUCCCAGAACACCACACCCCAAAAACCAGUCCGGAAAUCCCAGUCUAUAAAAUCCACACCUCUGUCAUUGAAGUCAUCACCACCGUCGAUCAUUGCCCCCUCGAUGCGCUUGCAGGAAGCUAUCCGCAUGAAGACAGCGGCCAUGUCUUCCAGAGAUGGUCUUCUAACGCGCUUUAGAAUGCCAUCCUCCACCUCAUUCCCCAGUAGCAGUGGUGGUGAAUCUGGGAUGUUAUCCCUAAUGUCACCAGAAGGGGGCGACAUGCUAAAGUCCCCCGCCUCCACCGCUAGCUUCAUCUUCUCCAGGAGCUCAAAGAAGGUCGUUAUAGAAACGCCUGUCGCUUCUUCCUCCCCCGAGAUGCAGGCGAGCCUUCAGCAGAGCCUAGCCUCCGUACUCAUGAAGGUUUCCGACCAAUCGGAGGCUUCCACAGUCGCUAACGGCAACGCUGGAAGAACUGGGAUUCCGAGGAGAGUUCCACCACCCGUGGCUAAGAAACCAGCUCACGCUACCACCUUGGGGAAGACUGGUUUUUCUAUAGUGAUGAGGGGUUCUCAGAGUGAGAGGAGCACUCCAUCUCCAAGGGGAACAGAAGCUAACGAGGAGACAGAGAGAGCGCAAGAUGCGGGCCAGAGAGCACUGACAGAGGACCAUAAUACAACAAGUAAGAACACCAACACAACACUUAGAAUAGGACCGUUGCUACAUAUUAUUACAUGUACUUACAAAUGUGCACAUUUUAAGUCAAUAUCAGUCGUUUAUUUGUUUUAUGUUGACAGUGCAUGUAAUUGAUCUGGCGUGGAUUUGAUGUUUCACUGAAUUAUUUCACUGAAGAAUCAGUUCUUUACAGACUAGCACAAUGCGCUUGAUUCCGUGGACAACAUCGACCACAAUCAUGUCUUGUCCCAUCAUGACAUGGCAGAAUGCAGAUGCUAGCAUUACCAUGAUGAUGAAGCAUGCUUAGCAAAGUAGCAUUGACACCCACACAGAUUUUACCCUACAACUGCACAACAGCAGCAGAAAUGCCCUCCCCCCAUUUUCUGCAGCUUGUGCUCACCUAGCUAAUGAAAGAAAAUUACAUUCCACCCUCAAUAGAACCUUUGUCUAAUUCUGUUUCCAGUAAUAUUCACUACUAACACAUGGGUCAACCAACGCUAAUGUAGUUACACCCACGAUAAAGUAACCAAUCCAAUUAGCCCACAGAAUGCUCCUUGUUUAUCAUACUGUACAUUGCUCACAGCCUUCCCAGAAGGCCCUCUAUUCCUGCCUUCUCAGUGUAACUGCUUCCUACUGUUUUCCAGGUAAAAUGGAGACGAAGCCAAACGGAGAAAGACUGCUUAGUGUGGACUGAACUUUUGUGGAUUGGGAUUAAGAUGGAGGAACAAAGCAAGAACUGCAAGAACUUGAGAGAUAAAGACAGAGAGACACAGAGACACAGAGACACAGAGAGAGAGAGA